AUGCCAAGCAGAAAACUGAGAUUGUGGAUCAGCAACCCCGACUUUGCCUUCCUCCGCUUCGUGGUGUACGAGGAGGACAUGUUCAGCGAUGAGAACUUCCUGGCUCAGGCUACCUUCCUGGUGAAAGGCUUGAAGACGGGUUUCCGAGCUGUACCCCUGAAGAACAACUACAGUGAGAACCUGGAGCUGGCUUCCUUGCUCGUCAAGAUAGACAUUUUCCCUAGCAAGGAGAAUGGUGAAAUAAACCUCUUCAGUGCUUCAGCCCUGCGGGAACGCACAGGGGAUGCUUCCAAUCAGCUGCUGGCAAGCAGAGGCAGAGAGGGGUCCUUUGAGUCACGGUACCAGCAGCCAUUUGAGGACUUCCGUGUGUCACAGGAGCAGCUAGCUGAUCACUUCGAGAUCCGGGAGCGAAGGGUACUGCGGAGGACCCGGGUCAAUGGGGACAACCGGCUGUAGCCCAUCUCAGUGAGCAAAAGCACCUCCAGUGCUUGUGAAUCUCACGGCACACUGUGAACUGGUUUCUAUGGAAACGGCACUGCUAUGGCCUACUUUCAGGCAGCUUUUCCAGUUUCUCUGCUGAAGGGUGCUCCAGUGGAGAACUAAAAAAAAAAAAAUAUUGGGGAAAAAAG